UUUCCAGGGCCAUCAAGGGAAAUACGGCGGCACGAAGCAAAUUUAGAGAGGCAGCUCAGAGAGAUGCGGCAACGCGAAGAAAGCUUACAAAGCCAGCUUAGGGAGAUGCGGCAACGUGAAGAAAACUUACAAAGGCAGCUGAGGGAUACUCAGCAACGUGAAGAAAACUCGCAAAGGCAGGUGAGGGAGAUGCAGCAAAACUCACAAAGGCAGUUAAGCGAGAUGCAGCAAAACUCACAAAGGCAGCUCAGGGAGAUGCAGCAACGUGAAGAAAAUUUGCGAAGACAGUUGAGAGAAAGAGACCAGGAAGUAAAUGAACUUGAGUUAAGUCUUUCGUUAGCCCAGCAAACAAUAAGUGAACAGCAACAACAGGAAACAUGCGAUUGGGUCAUUUCCCGCGAUGACAUUCAAAUGACCAAUAAAUGCCUUGGCAGGGGAGGCUGGGGAAGUGUUUAUGAAGGCGUGUAUUGUGGCUGCACUGUAGCAGUAAAGCAAAUUCAUGAUCUUAUUCUCUCCCCUCAUAACAUACUUCUUUUUGAGAGAGAAAUGAAUAUUGCAUCCAAGUGCCGCCAUCCUCACUUGCUUCAGUUUAUCGGCGCCACUAACGAUGAGGGAAACCCUCUGUUUGUGACCGAGCUGAUGGAGAAAAGUCUGCGAGCUCUGUUAGAACAGCGACAACUCGCCGAAAUAGAAAUACGCGUAAUUUCUUUGGAUGUAGCCCGAGCAAUUAACUAUCUUCAUCAGAAAAAACCAGAGCCUAUCAUUCACCGGGAUGUGAGCAGUGCGAAUGUGUUGCUAUGGCGACAGGGUGACCAAUGGAGAGGCAAAGUGUCAGAUUAUGGCACUGCUAAUUUCAUGCAGCUGACCAUGACAGUAGCUCCUGGAGCUAUGAUUUACAGCGCUCCUGAAGCGCUUACAUCAAACCAAACAGUCAAGGUAAGUUUUAGUGAAUUUAGAAUUUUUUUAUUCAGCACUGGUUUAUCAACAUCUUCAGUCUUCAAAGAGACGCGUUGGUGCAGUCAUCUUGAGCGCGUAGCUACUUUAAGGCCAGGUUGUUCUCAGCUAGGAAAUCCGAACAGGUGAAAAAUUCUUGGGGGAUAAAAAUAUGCCUAUAUCUACCGUUUAAAUACUAAAAUACGUUCAAUAAUGCUAUUUUUAAGUGGUUUUGAACUAUGUUCUCGUUGGGUGCCCCUGUUAAACCAUCACCAUUUGAACUCGAAUGUACAUGGCUCCAUUAUUAUGGUCGUUUUCAGGGGGUAGCUACAGUGAGGGACAAAAGUGUUGGGACACUUCCGUAAAACGGCCCCUUUUUGCAUAGUGGACAUACCUAUCCCCUUACCCUGUUUACCCGAACCCCUUCCCCCCAAAAUCAAUGUUGUAUUUUGGACCCUGAAGUCUUUCUUUUACUUCAGACAACAUUGAUUCGGGAUUUACGGCGUUUAAGGGAACGAAAUAAUACAUGAAUUAAAUGUUUGAUAAAAGCACCCGUUUUAAACAAGUGUGUCAGAUACUUUUGUCCGUGAUUGUAGGUGUUUAUGUCACGAAAACAAAUUAAGCUGCAGGCGUCUGUUGUGAUUUAAAUGUUUCUCAUUAGUUCUUCAGUUAAUCAUUGUGGCGACUUCGUAGACAAAACUGAUAGGGCCGGUUUUUUAAAUGAAGUCCAACUUAUGCCGCGGUUUAGGAAAUCUUUGGACCUCCAUGUCUCUUCCUGAGUGGGUUCUUUUAAGAAGAUAAAUGCUUUUCUUGUCCACAUUAUAUGCUCUAAUGAAACUGUUCUCGUUAAAUGGUGUCUACAUAAAAGCGUUGGGCAAACUAAAAAUGGAUUAAAACACGUUUUUGUUAAACACUGACUAAACUGCGUUUAAAUAACUGGUCUCUAGAGUAGAACCUUUCUUCAACGACUGCCUUUUGAGAGAGAGUGAAGUCCCUGCUUAAAAAGAUCACCUGAUUGUAAUAAUUAUAUUCUCACCGAGGCCAUCCGCAAUCCGCAAUGUCAGUAAUGCUAGUAUGAUAUGAGAGGCUCAGCCCGAGGCGGUAGGAGCGAGUUGCUCGUUUUUCGAUAGCUACAAUCACUGACAAACGUUUUUGCACAUUUGUCUUUAAACAAUUUCUUGCUGUAAAUCAUACAACUUUAAAUUCCAGCUCCUCCUGGGUAUUACAGCCGACAAUGGUAAUGCAACAUUUUGGGGCGGGUGGUAAACAAGAUUAAUUGCGGUGAAAAGAGUGAAUCGUGAAGAGAAACUAACCUUGAAUAAGAAACCCACAAUGUACAGAAACGUACUACAGGUGGAUUUCCACUUUCGCUCAAUACGCGCGUAUAUAAAAUAGAGGCAAUAUAUAGAAGGUCAGGCGUAAAAGAAAAAGUUGCACAUCGCUCAACGAGCGUAAAAAUUUGCUAGCGUAGGCACGUGAAAAUUACGCGAUAGAAGAAAUCAAUCCUAAUAGAAUAGGUACGGGCUAUAGGCGGCGAGCUGGAGUAACAACAUCUUUUUAAAAGACUUUCCUUAUUAAAGCUUAUUAAGGGUGAAUUUCCAUUGUCGCGUAGUUUUUACGUGCGUACGUGCGUAAAAUUUACGUUCGCAAAUGAAAUAGGGGCAAUGUUUGAAAGGUCGCACGUAAACGUAAAAUUUGAACCUCGCUCAACUUCACGUUUUUUAAAAAAAGCUCAACACUUUAUAUCUUGCCUCUAUUUUUAUCUACGACAUAAAAUUUACGUUACAGUGGAAAUCUACCAUAAGUGACAUUAAAACCAGAAUGUAAUACCGAACCAAAAUGCUCCCAACAACGUUCGAUGCUUAAUGACCUUUAUAGAGAGGUUAUUUUGGCCGUUGGGACGGACUUUUGAGGUUUUUGUCCAGAGGUUCAAUAAAAGUAAACAUAUUGUCUGUCCGCUAGGACAAAGAACAUAUUUAGCAGUAGAGUUUCGACUGUAGAAGCAGAUAGGCCAGUAAAUAAAUAAUAACCACACUGUUCUUGUCUACUUCAGUUGUUUUUGUAGGGGGGAGGGUAGGGGUGGAGGUGGGUGCUUAUUAACUUUUCUUCCCUACAGGAUAGGAUAGGUGCUUAUUCGAGAUGGGCUACAUUGUAAUUCGAGGCUGGGCGCUUCAUUGAAUAAAUACGAUAUGUGUUAGACUUUAUAGUCCUUUAUCUCCUGAAUUUGCUAAGGAACAGUCAAAUGGAGACGCGAAUUUAACCCCUCCCCCCGCCUCCACCUUAAUCUGCAUAAUUCCUCAGAUCAUACUCAGCUUCAUCUAAUAAAUGUUAAAUAGAUAAAUAGAAAUUAAAAAUGACACUAAGUGCUGGGUAUAACUGGUAGUAGUAUAAUAGGAUGCUCUAAGGCAAAUAACAAGAAAUAAUCUGUGUAUUGUUCAUAGGUUGAUGUUUAUAGCUUUGGUGUGCUUCUUUGUGAAAUGUGCAUCCGGCAACUUCCAGAUCCGAGAAGACGUGAACAGCAAGUUCUACUAAUGACGAAUCGCGCCCUAAGAGGCCUGGUACAGCGAUGCCUGCAGGCAGAUCCUGAAGCGAGGCCAACCAUGCAGAAUAUAAUCGAUGAACUAUCCAGAGCUGUGUAA